UGGCCCAGAAGGUGGUGGCCCUGCGGAAGCAGCAGCAGCUCCUGGCGUCCUGCAAGUCGCUGCCCAGCUCCCCCAGCCACUCGGCCGCGUCCACCCCCGUCGGCGGCGCCCACCCCGGCCAGGCCAGCAACGGGGGGCACACCAGCGACUACUCGUCCUCGCUGCCCUCCACCCCCAACGUCAGCCACCGCGAGCUGCGCGGCGACACCCCCGCCCCGCUGGGCACCCCCAGCUCCCUGCACCGCGGGGCCAAGCGCCGCACCAGCCUCUUCGCCACGCGGCGCGGCAGCGACUCGGAGAAGCGCAGCCUGGACAGCCGGGGCGAGGCGGCGGGCAGCGGGCGCGCCAUCCCCAUCAAGCAGGCCCGCGGCAACUCGCUGUGCGUGGACUGCGGGGCGCCCAACCCCACGUGGGCCAGCCUGAACCUGGGCGCGCUGAUCUGCAUCGAGUGCUCCGGGAUCCACCGCAACCUGGGCACCCACGUGUCGCGCGUGCGCUCGCUGGACCUGGACGAUUGGCCCCGGGAGCUGACGCUGGUGCUGGCCGCCAUCGGCAACGCCACCGCCAACAGCAUCUGGGAGAAGAACCCGCGCGGCCGCUGCAAACCCACGCACGAGUCCUCCCGGGAGGAGCGCGAGGCGUGGAUCCGGGCCAAGUACGAGCAGCGCCUGUUCCUGGCCCCGCUGCCGGUGGCCGAGGCGGCGCUGGGGGAGCAGCUGCUGCGUGCGGUGCAGGAGAAGGACCUGGAGGCCGUGCUGCUGCUGCUGGCCCACAGCAGGAAGGAGCAGCUCGGCGCCAGCGACGCGGAGCGCCGCACCGCCCUGCACGUGGCCUGCGACAUGGCGCUCGUGGUCAUCACCCAGCUGCUGGUGUGGUACGGCGCGGACGUGAGGGCCCGGGACGCUCAUGGCCGCACGGCGCUGUUCUACGCGCACCGCUCCGGCAGCCGGGAGUGCGCCGACAUCCUGCAGCAGCACGGCUGCCCCGGGGACGGCCCCCCC